AUGGAGGGACUUCCCUCUGGCUACCGCCCCAAUGUUGGAGUUUGUCUCAUCAAUGAUGAUAAUCUGGUGUUUGUAGCCUCCAGAUUGAAUGUUCCUGGAGCAUGGCAGAUGCCACAGGGAGGUAUUGAAGAUGGUGAGGACCCUAAGUCUGCAGCCGUUAGAGAAUUGCGAGAAGAAACUGGCAUUGUGUCAGCUGAAAUUGUUGAUGAGGUUCCUCAGUGGUUGACAUAUGAUUUUCCCCCAGCUGUUAAGGCAAAAGUAAAUCGUCUUUGGGGAGGAGGAGAAUGGCAUGGUCAGGCACAAAAAUGGUUCCUAAUGAGACUCACAAAAGACGAAAGCGAGAUCAAUCUGGCAAAUGGCGAAGUGGAGCCAGAAUUCUCGGAGUGGAAAUGGGCCCGGCCUGAAGAGGUCAUUGAACAGGCAGUAGAUUACAAGAGGCCUACCUAUGAGGAAGUUAUGAGAACCUUCGAACGCUACUUUAACGAUAAUGGAAAAGCAGCUAAAUGCCAAUCGACCAAGUGGGGAGAGGGUGACUGUGACGGAGGAAGGAAAUGUAGUAAAGUGAUCAAAUGGUCUGAUGUGGUAAGGAAAGGAGUGGUGGAGGUGGCUAGGAAGUGUACUGUAAUAGCAGUUAUGACACAAGAUACAAAUAUAGAGACUCAGAAACCAAAAAGUACGACACUGGCUAACUAUAUGGAAAGGGCAAGAAGGAAAGGGGUUGUUCCAAUUAGAGGGGGAGGUCAGGGUGGGGAGAUGGACGAUAUGGAGAUGCAACAACAUGAUGAAGAUGAGUACAUGUCUGAUGAUAUCUUUGAAGUGGAUUGGAAUGAUGACAGUGAAGGGAAUGGGGAUAGGCAAGUUCUAGGAGACAUUACGAAUGUCAACCAUCAAAGUUUUAAACAGGUGUCUGGAGGGACUGGGAGGGGGAAGAAGGGGCAAUGGAAGAAGCAAGAAAGACUUAUGAAAGAGGAUAAAUAUGAUAAAAAGAAAAGGAAAGAUGGGGUACUAUUUGGAGGGGCAGGGAAGAGAAGAAGAGAAGGGGUGCAAGAUGGUGAUAGAGAUGAACUAGCAGGGAACAAACAUAAGAAGGUCUAG